ACGACUAUUAUUAUUCUCCGUCUCAGUCGCUCUCCGGCUCAACCGCAGUAAUGGCGUCGCACCGUCUUCGUCCCCGCCUCCCUCCUCCCCCUCCGCCUUCCCUCCCAAAACCCUAAUCCCGACGCCGAGUCGAACGAGAUAUCGGUGGGAUUCGACGCGCAUUCUCCCUCCUUCCUCGAUUCGCCGGUUCGUCUUCCCCCACCUAGCACUAGGGUUUCGAGACCAUUUCGGUCUGUAAUACGGUGAGUCUUAAGGAUUGAUCUUCAGGGAUCGAGUGGCUUUUUGUGCGCCUUUCUUUUUGGCGAUGCCAUUUUGUUUGAGGAGGGUUGGAUUACGAGUUACUGGUUGACUUGGUUGUUUGAGGGGUUCCACUAUGCGGAGUUAAAAGAUGACAUGAAUAAUUUGGCGUCAAGUCAAAGUGUAGUUGAGCCAGAUUUGGCUGAUCAGUUUGUGCUUAGUUUAGGCGGUGGAUUAUAAGCUGCCGCUGAUGUGAAAGUUUGAAACUGUUCUGAUCUUAGGGAAUGUCAAAUGGGUUCGGAGGGUGGAGGCGGUCGUUUCUUUCAUCUGUUUGAUUGGAACAGGAAGUCGCGCAAGAAAUUGUUCUCAAGUGGAAAUGCUUCAUCUGAUAUUUCGCUUGCAGAGAACACAGUCCAGGGGAAUAAGAUCGACGAUAAUGUGCCAGCCUCACGAUUCCAUCUGAUUGAUCAAGAUGAGUUAGAAGGAGUCUCGAGUGCCAAAGAGAGCAGUCACCACAGCGGUGCUUCAACAACUGAUGAAGAGGGAAAUGCAUUCAAGACUCCUGGGGUCAUAGCCAGGCUUAUGGGUUUGGAUUAUGUACCAACUUCAGGCAUUUCCGAGCCUUAUUCGACACCUUUGCAUGGCUCACGUUUGCUUCAGGAUGACAAUAUACACAAAAGAGGUACUGAAAGAUUCAAUAAUGAUAAUUUCUACUCUGUGGAUAAAAGAAGUGACAUCCAUUCUGGGAAGCCAGAAUCGAAGUCCCAAAAGAUGCCAAGCAGCCCAAUUGAGAGAUUCCAAACAGAAACGCUUCCUCCUAGAAUGGCUAAAACAAUUGCAAUCACCCACCACAAAUUACUUUCUCCUGUUAAAAAUCCAGGUUUCAUCUCUUCUAAGAAUGCAUCAUAUAUAAUUGAAGCAGCAGCAAAGAUUCUUGAAUCUGAGCUUCAUGGGGCUAGCACGGGUAGAGUUCAGCCUCUCAAGUCACCCUUGAAUCAUUCAAAAGUUUGUGAAUCAAAUGGGAUCAUAGCAAUACCUAAAAAGAUAUCAAUGCUUUCAGAAUCGCUUGAAGGAAUUGCUGGGACAGGUGCUCCUGCAUCUGUCGGAGGGCAGACUUUGAAAAGAAAUUCCAAGGGGCUAAAAGACAGUACAGUUGGUCGACCCUUCCCAAGUGCUGCGGAGGUUGAUCCUUCUGGUGCCAAAGGUAAGGGGAAGCUAGUCUCCCUUGCAACAGAAACAAAGGUGAAUGCUCAGAGAAGGGAUGGUUCAAGCACAAAGAGUGGGAACACAAUAAUGCUGAAGAAUAAAGAGGAAUGUACCUUGAACAAACCAUCAAAGAGCCCGUCAAAUGACCAAAAGAAUAACCAGCAUAAGAGGACUUCUACCGUAAAUGGUUCUCAUGUUCUGAGACAAAAUAAUCGUAAGCAGAACUGCGCAUCAGGUAAAAGCAAGUUACCUUUGCCAUCAUCGAUUUCUGAGCAGCAGGGAAUAAAAAUCCUUCCUGGAGGUGCUUCUUCUGAAAACAACAAGAUUGUAAGUAAGCUUCCAGGAAAUGCUAAAGUUGGCUACAUGAAGAAGGAUUUAGGAACUGCUGAUCUUGACAAGGAUAAAUUGCCAUCAGGUCACAAGAACUUCACACGCAAGAAAAGAUUGGUAGAGCAGAGAUCAUCUUCCAUAAGAUGCCGGCCUUCUGAUGACAUUCCUUUGGGUAGCCAAGGAAAACAGGUUCAGCAUAAUGUUGUGAUGGAUGGACAUCCAGGACUGCAUGAUGACAACACACGAAGUGUUACAGAUGUUGUAUCAUUUACUUUCACUUCCCCUAUGAAAAGGCCAAUAUCUGGAUCACAGGCUUCCAAUCAUGAGGUGAAAAACCAGGAAAAAAAGAAUGAUUAUUUCAGUGAAACCCGUGAAGCAGACAGCAGAAUGUCAUCCCAUCUCAAACUACAUGCGGUAGAUGGUGAUUCUUUGGGUAUCCUAAUAGAAAGAAAGUUGCGAGAAUUAUCAUCAGGGGCUAAGUCACCCUACUGUACAUUAUUUAGAGGAGGCAGUGGUUUAGCAUAUGCAUCUGUUUUGGAUGAUUCAACUUCUGCUCUUAAUGUUCCUAGUGUUGCAGCUGCUGAGCAAAAAACAGAAUCCUUAAACUUGUCCUUCAGUGAUGAAUUAUCUGGUAGCUUUGAUUCAGAUUCUUUAGCUAGUGAUCAGGUAGAAUGCAUAAGCCAUGAACUGCAGAAUGUGGACCGGAUGGAAUAUCAAAGUAGCAUGAUGGAUGAUAAGAAGAGUAACCAUCAAGGUCAGAGUGCCAUUUCCUGCUACUCAAUUGAGGGCUGGCAAAGUACUCAUGGACUCAAGAUGGGCAUCUCUUCUUCCUCCAUUCAAGCUCGAGACAUGGUAGAUCAGAUUUGCAUGAACAGAACAUCAUUGAUGGAGCCUGAGUUGGGGAUAUCUGAUGCAGCAUCAUCGUCUGUGCAUGGAGAACUAGUCUUGGAAAUCAACGCUUGUGAUCAUGCUAAUCCAUGCAAGCAGGAAUUGGAGUAUGUGAAGGACAUAUUAACCAACACAGGAUUUACAUUCAAGAACUUGAUACCUCGACCUUUCGACCAUUCUUUCGAGAUACUUGAUCCCAUACUUUUUGACAAGCUGGAAGAGACCAAAACUUUUGCGGCAUACGAAGGAGAGGAAGAGAACCUCAAGACGAGGAGAAGGAUGUUGUUCGAUUCAGUGAACGAAUGCUUGGAUCUGAAGUGCAGCCAUUAUUUCCGAGCAGGUUAUCGUUCGUGGGCAAGAGGAGUCGCCGUCGCAAAGGGGUUGGCAGAGGAGCUCUACAAGGAGAUAUCAGGCUGGAAGAGUGGCGGAGACUGGAUGGUGGACGAGCUCGUGGACAAAGACAUGAGCACUCGUUUGGGGAGCUGGACUACUUUCGAAAUCGAAGCAUUUGAAGCAGGAGUGGAGUUCGAAACAGAGGUUUUGAGUUGCUUGCUUGAUGAGGUUGUUGCUGAUUUAUCAUGAAAGACUCAGGUGGAGGAGACGCACAACCUUCUGUUUCCACCGCAAUGUGUGUAACCACUAAGUUCUCUUGUUCGCGUUUGGCCUGUUUACGACCAUACUUCAACACCCCUAAGCAUAAGGCAUUUGUAUUAGCACUGCGAUCUCUACUCAAUUCUAACUCAAUCUUCGACCGAGCUUGGGCAAAAAUUUUAUGUUUUGAGCUCAA